AUGUCUGGAACAUUUAGUUAUGACGUGAAGACGAGAAACAGUCAACCGUCAUUUGAGUUUAAUUCUAAUUAUUCGCCAAGGGUAUCAUACCACUUCAACCCCAAAGCUUCACAUUACCAUUAUGGUGUAAAGCAUCCAAUGAAACCGAUCAGGCUCAUGCUAACGGACCACUUAGUCUCUUCUUAUGGGCUGCACAAAAUCAUGGACCUUUACGAAACAAGAAGCGCUACUAAGGAUGAGCUAAUUGAGUUCCAUACAGAAGACUACGUCAAUUUUCUCUCCAAGGUUUCACCAGAGAAUGUUAACAAGCUGCCUAGAGGCACGUUAGAAAAUUUUAAUAUUGGAGAUGACUGCCCUAUUUUCCAAAAUUUAUACGAUUAUACAACCUUAUACACUGGUKCGACCCUUGAUGCUACCAGAAAGUUAAUCAACAAUCAGUCUGACAUAGCAAUAAACUGGUCCGGUGGUCUCCAUCAUGCAAAGAAAAAUAGUCCCUCCGGAUUUUGCUACGUGAACGAUAUCGUCCUCUCUAUUUUAAAUUUAUUAAGGUAUCAUCCAAGAGUCCUUUACAUAGAUAUCGAUUUGCAUCACGGCGAUGGUGUUCAGGAGGCAUUUUAUACCACAGAUCGAGUUUUCACAUUAUCAUUCCAUAAAUACAACGGUGAAUUUUUCCCAGGAACAGGUGAUUUAACAGAAAUUGGUUGUGAUAAAGGUAAACAUUUUGCAUUAAAUGUACCUCUAGAAGAUGGUAUUGACGAUGAUUCGUACAUUAACCUUUUCAAGUCCAUUGUAGACCCUUUAAUAAUGACUUUCAAACCAACGGCUAUCGUUCAACAAUGUGGCGCGGAUUCUUUAGGCCAUGAUCGCUUGGGUUGCUUCAAUUUAAACAUAAAGGCACAUGGAGAAUGUGUGAAGUUUGUAAAAUCGUUUGGCCUGCCAAUGCUAGUAGUUGGAGGCGGGGGUUAUACGCCAAAAAAUGUUUCACGACUCUGGACCUAUGAAACAGGAAUUUUGAAUGAUGUCUUAUUACCGGAGGACAUCCCCGAAGAUAUCCCAUUCCGCGAUUCAUUUGGGCCAGAUUAUUCAUUAUAUCCAGUCUUAGAUGACUUAUAUGAAAAUAAAAAUAGCAAAAAGCUUUUGGAAGACAUCAGGAUACGAUGUCUAGAGAACAUCAGAUACCUACAAGGUGCUCCAAGCGUAAGAAUGGAUGCCGAGUGCAUACCGACACAGGAUAUUAGCGCCUUAACGGAAGAGGAGGACAAAAUGAUCCAAGAAAUGAACGAAGAAAAUGAAACGGACUCUUCAGCAAGGCUUCGACAAAUAGAAAAGGAAAAUAGCGGACUGGUUACGUUUUCAUGA